CCUCGGGUCGCGCGUUCCCGGGCAGUCUGCGCGAGGGCCGGGCCGCGGCCGGCUUCUUCCACCCCCCGCCCCACCUCCGCUUCCCCCUCCACUCGGUCCCCGCAGCCUCCCGGCUCCACGUCGUCCCGGCUCCCGGGGGAUGCCCCGGACCAGGCUCUCUUCAUGGCUGCCGACGUUUUCAUGUGUUCUCCGCGCCGGCCCCGCAGUCGGGGCCGCUCGGGGCUGCUCAAGCCUCAGGUGCCGGAGGACGACGACGACUCGGACACCGACGAGCCGUCCCCGCCGCCCGCCUCCGGCGUGGCCCCCGCGGCCCGGGCCCCCGCGAGCGCCGCACUGUUGCCGCCCCGGGCCGGGCCGGGCCGCGAGGAGCCUCCGCGCCGCCAGCAGAUCAUCCACAGCGGCCACUUCAUGGUGUCCUCCCCGCACCGCGAGCACCCGCCCAAGAAGGGCUACGAUUUCGACACGGUCAACAAGCAGACGUGCCAGACCUAUAGUUUCGGCAAGACCAGCUCCUGCCACCUGUCCAUUGAUGCUUCGCUCACCAAGCUCUUCGAGUGCAUGACCCUGGCCUACAGUGGGAAAUUAGUGUCUCCAAAGUGGAAAAACUUCAAGGGCCUGAAGCUUCAGUGGCGGGACAAGAUCCGGCUCAACAACGCCAUCUGGCGGGCAUGGUACAUGCAGUAUCUGGAGAAACGCAAGAACCCUGUGUGCCACUUUGUCACCCCACUGGACGGCUCCGUUGACGUAGAUGAGCACCGCCGGCCAGAGGCCAUCACCACAGAGGGCAAAUACUGGAAGAGUCGCAUUGAGAUUGUGAUCCGGGAGUACCACAAGUGGAGGACCUACUUCAAGAAAAGGCUGCAGCAGCACAAGGGUGAGGACCUCUCGAGUCUGGCCCAGGAUGAUGACAUGCUGUAUUGGCACAAACAUGGAGAUGGUUGGAAGACCCCCGUCCCCAUGGAGGAGGACUCACUGCUGGACACAGACAUGCUCAUGUCGGAAUUCAGUGACACCCUCUUCUCCACACUGUCUUCACACCAACCAGUGGCCUGGCCCAACCCGCGGGAAAUAGCACAUUUGGGAAAUGCAGACAUGAUCCAGCCAGGCCUGAUCCCUUUGCAACCCAACCUGGACUUCAUGGACACCUUUGAACCUUUCCAGGAUCUCUUCUCUUCCAGCCGAUCCAUUUUUGGCUCCGUGCUGCCUACACCUACGUCAGUACCUGCCCCAGAUCCCAGCAGCCCACCUUCUCAGGGGAACAUCUUGCCAAACCCAGCUCUUCCCACCGUGAGCCUUCCCAACAGCCUCCUUGCAUCCUCUGCCUCCCCGUCCCUGGACCCCACAGACGGGCAGGCUUGUGAACGCACUCCCCAGACUGUGGACCCGUUUAUUCAGCCUGCAGACUUUGGUCCCUCGGAGCCACCACUGAGUGUCCCACAGCCCUUCCUCCCUGUCCUCACUAUGACCUUGCUUUCCCCUGGCCCCGCCCCGGCCCCUGUCCCAGCGCCACUGCCCUUGGUUUCUCCUCCUGCCUCUACUCUGAGCCCUUCAGCUCCCCCAGCUUUCCUGCCCCCACAGAAGUUCGCCGGGGUCAGCAAGUCGACCCCUGUCAUCACCCACACGGCCUCGGCCACUCUUACCCACGAUGCUUCUGCCACCACCUUGAGCCAGAGCCAGGGUCUGGUUAUCACAGCCCACCACCCAGCCCCCUCGUCGUCCCCCUGCGGCCUGGCACUGUCACCUGUACCCCAGCCAUCAGCUGCGGGACCUCCCCAGCCUCAUUUAACCUUUAUACACCCCAAACCUGUGUCCUUGACUGGCGUGAGACCCAAGCAACCCCCCAAAAUAGUGCCUGCUCCCAAACCUGAGCCUGUGUCCUUGGUGUUGAAGAACGCCUGCAUUACUCCAGCCGCCUUCUCAGGCCAGCCGCAGAAGGUGAUCAUGACGUCAGCCCCUCUGAAGAGAGAAGGGAUCCUGGCGUCUACUGUGUCCCCAUCCAACGUGGUCAUCGCCUCUGCUGCCAUCACCAGGGCUUCUGGAGUCACCGAGUUCCUCAGCCACAGCACAAGCAGCCAGCCUACCCCCGUCUCUCGGCUCUUCUCCCCGAGUACAGUGCAAGACGCCCUGGUGAAGGGCGAGCAGGCCCCACUGCAUGGGGGUAGUCCCCAGGUCCCUGCCACGGGCUCGAGCCGUGAAUGUCCCAACUCAGGGCAAGCCUCUCCCUGCCCAUCAGAACAGAGUCCCAGUCCUCAGUCUCCCCAGAACAACUGCUCAGGGAAAUCUACAGACCCCAAAAACAUGGCUGCAUUAAAGAACCGACAGAAGCACAUCUCGGCUGAACAGAAGAGGCGGUUCAAUAUCAGGAUGGGCUUUAACACCCUCAACAGUUUGAUCUCCAAUAAUUCCAAGCAGACCAGCCAUGCCAUCACGCUGCAGAAGACCAUGGAGUACAUCACCAAGCUGCAGCAGGAGCGGAUGCAGAUGCAAGAGGAGGCCCGGAGGCUUCGGGAGGAAAUCGAGGAGCUCAACACCACCAUCAUCUCCUGCCAGCAGCUGCUGCCUGCCACAGGGGUCCCUGUCAACUGCCGCCAGUCGGACCACAUGAAAGACAUGUUUGAGGAGUACGUGAAAAGCAGGAUCCUGCAGAAUUGGAAAUUCUGGAUUUUCAGCAUGAUCAUCAAGCCACUGUUUGAGUCUUUCAAGGGGAUGGUGUCCACCAGCAGCUUGGAGGAGUUUCACCGGACGGCGCUUUCCUGGCUGGACCAGCACUGCUCUUUGCCUGUCCUCAGGCCAAUGGUACUGAGUACCCUCCGGCAGCUGAGCACCACCACCUCCAUCCUGACAGACCCGUCCCAGCUGCCAGAGCAGGCCUCAGAGGCUGUUUCCAGGAUGGGCAAGAGACUGGGGGAGUCGUAAGCACAGUUGGCAUGUGACUGCAUGAGAUGCCCGAAGACCCCCGUCCCCGUCCUGACACACCACCUCAGGGCUGCCCGUGACUCCAGUGGCCCACUGCCCCGUCAGGAUGCUGUGCUCAGGUCUGAAGCAGGUUUGGGCCUGCCCACAGCAGUAUCCCAUCUUGGGAACCCUUGCUGUGACCUCUCACUCAGUGACCUCAAUCACCAGGCUCCCCUGCAUUUGGGGUGGCCCAGACAAAGGGAAACAUGGCUCUUCUGCUCCUCCCCUCCUGGUGGCCUGUUGGGGGCCAGGGCCAGCAAGUGCCAGACAAGGAGACAAAGCCCGUUCCUGCAGGUCCCAUCACCCGGGGUCCCUCAGAAGUCCUUUCUUGAGACUUAGAGACUGCCCUGUCACAUCGCUGUCUACUUGUGCUCCCUGGCCACCCCUGCACACUCUCUGGCCUCUGUAGCAGCAGUGAAGUCUCCAUCUCUUGCUACCCUGGCAGCAGCUGACCCUCUGGGCUGCCCUUCUGACCUCUGCAGAAAGGAAGGCGCCUCCUCCCUGGUGUCUUCUAUUGAAGGGAAAUCUUCUUCCCAAACCCUGAGCACACAUGGGAAACAGGCUGUGGGGGCCGACUGGCCAGGUGACGGCGCAGGCAUGCAGAACUGCUCUUCUGGCUCAGGAACCCUCCGGGCGGUGUCCGUCCACUGUGUCUCGGUUCUGCCUGGCGUUGCAGGCACCGUGACGAUCCCAGCGUUGCCAGGGACGUGGCCCAGAGCCACUCACAGCUGAGGCCCUCCCGUGCCCGCUCCCCGCCCUCUUCCACUUGGAAGCUGUGGAAGAGGCGGAAACACUCCGGGGUCAGUCCCACUCUUGGGUCGAGCGUUUGCAGGUCACACUCCAUGAUGCUGCUGUCAUCCUGGUCAUUUCAUCUGAAGUUUGGGAGCUCCAAACCAGGACAGUCCUCAGACCAAGAUGUCAUCGUACGAGAGAGAGUCUGACCCAUCUUGUGUUAGGAGGAAGAGACAGAGAGCUGAUGGCAGCGUGCCAAGAGUCAGCCCUGGAAGCUGGCUCCAGGCUAGAUGGCCAAGAGCUGUGCCCAGAUUUGGACCGGCCAAGUUUGGAGGGUGACCCGUGUCUGAAGGUUCCAGUGCCCCAGCGUGUGUUCCAGUGGUAGAGACAGGGAGAGGUUGGGUAGGGCGCCCUUGACCCUCACCCUCACCCUUCUCUUUGCUGCCUCUGAGAUGCUGCAGGCGGUGAGGUGCCCUCUCCAGCACUCAGGGAGCCCAGUCCAGGGCACCUCCGGGAAGGAUGUGCAUUUCGUCCUGCUGUGACACCGAGAGCAGGCAGCGGGGUUCUUAGACUGCCCUGCCCCUCCUCCCCAUGCUGCCUGUCCUGAGGGGACCACGCGAAGAGGGGAGCCCAGGAUGUUCCCUGAAGUUGUGACCCACGGGAGCCUGCUGAGGCCUGAGGCCUGCCCUGGACUGUAGGUGGAGAGAAAGAAAGGGCAGGGCUGCCGGCUGCGCCGCCAUUGAUGUGCUGAGUCCGCCAUUGAUGUGCUGAGUCCGCCAUUGAUGUGCUGAGUCCGCCAUUGAUGUGCUGAGUCCGCCAUUGAUGCCGUGAGCCCCGGCGGCACGCUUGCGCCAUUGUCUGGUUUCUGUCCUGUUUUGGAUAGUGUGGGGGCCCUCCUCAGCCAUCCCCAAAAACGUGUUUACAGGUUGAGGGAUGAACACAAGGCACAUAGGCUGGACCCUGGACUUUCCAUCGGGCACCCGUUCCUUUCCCAAAAACAAGGUGAAAUUGUCCUUCAGAAGCCGAAGGCCACUGUGGUAGGAGGAAACUAAACCGCUGCUGUGAGGGCCUCAAGAAGCCCAGCCCUUCCUCCUCCCGGGCCACAGGCCACACCGUGGCCGUGAGGACUCCUUCCUGUUCUCUCCUCCCUUGCUGGGGAGAAACCUUGUUUUUCAAACUCCGUGGGUAUAAGAUUGGCCCUUUGCUUCUCUUGCCUACCUCUCCAUUUUGCUGAGUUACUCUCAUCUUGUUUCAUCAGAUGUUUAAGGCUGUUAGAUUGUGUAAAACUGGGGGUGAGAGAGGAGAGGGUGGGGAGAGAGAGAGAGAGUGAGUGAGUGUGUGUGUGUGUGUGUGUGUGUGUGUGUGUGUGUGUGUGUGUGUCCCUGGCAGACUAUUAGGUGCAUGUUUUUGUUUUGAGUGACUCCAUUUCCCUUUUCUUGGUGCUCACUUUUGCCGUGGCUGUGAGGUCACAAUGCUUUAAAAUCUCCAGGAAUGAUUCUGCCUUGGAGAUUUUUUUGUUUUGAAAUCUUGCCUGAUGAACCUGGCCAAUCAGAGGGUCCUGGCCUUGACUUCUGUCCUGGACACCAAGGUCAGCAUUGGACUAGCCAAGGCCACUCUGCUGGGGUCUCCACUGGGCGAUGACCACACUGUUGGACCGGGGUUUGUUUACACUUAACUUUCACUCCCAUUCCUGCCCCCACUCACACAGAAGAAACUUCAAAAUGUUAGCACUUUGGAGAAGAAGAAUAUUGGCCUAAAAGGAGAAACCACAAAGCCACCUGGGAAAUCUCUGCAAGGGUUUCUGUGAAAUCUUCACAAGGCAUCAGCGCAUGUUCUGUCUGUUCUUUCACUAUGAGUGGGUGCUGCAGAGGCAGGGUAGCUCCUGCUAAGGGGCUUCCUCCAAGUUAACAGAAGGUUACGCACCAGCAGUCACCCUCAGGAGAGACCAGCCUUGCUCCUCCAGUGGUCUGCCCAGCCCAAAGGACACACUUCAGCUCCAGGCCGUGGUGUUCACACACUGGGUCUUGUAGAAGGCUGGAAGUGGCCGGUAAGCAUGAAUGCUCAUGUAACCCAACCAUGAACCCUGGAUCUUGUCUGUGUGCUCAGGACCUCUUACCUCCCUGUUAUCCCCACAACGUACAUACUUUAAAGAUCUGUCCUCCAACCCAUGCUCUGACUAAGAGUGACAGCCCUCUAGAUUCUUAGAAGACAUGGCACCCAUUCCCUGGUAUAGUCCAGUGGCAGGUGGCAUCAGGGCUGACAGUGGCCAGCAGCCUCUCUUGGGUGUGUUGGCUCCUAUGGCUGCCUGCUGGGUCACCUGGCCUCAGCUCCAUUCUCGUACUGGUUCUUGUCUUCCUUCCACAGUCAGAUCCCUUUCUGUUCAUUCUAACCUGGCUCCUCGAGGCUCAGUCCUGCUACCUGAGGCCUCCUAAGAGAGCCUGGGUGUGAGGGGGCCUCUCCUUUUUCUCUCCUGAGUGUAGAAAUGGCCGAUACCUAGAUACCUAGAUGCUAGGGCACAGUCGCAGCCCACCAGUGUGUAUGUAUGGAACUUGGUUUCCAGUAUCAUCGUGCAGUCUGUUGGCGAGGUGUGCGGACAGUGAGACCGUGGUCAGUCGCCCAGAAUGCCAGUGUUGCCGAGAAGUGCAGCCUUGGCCUCAGGCCCCUGUUGCCCUGCAGUGUUUCAGAGGGCCUGUUCUGGGUCUGUGCGUGUCUAAAAAGAAAGGGGCAGUUAGGGUGCCGUGGAAGAGCGUGACGCUCAGGGCAUGUGUGAAGUGUGGUCCUUCAGCGCUCACCUUGGCCAGGAGCUACUUAACAAGUUUUGAGAUUUUCGUUUGGUUGGUUUUUGGUUUUUUGAGACAGGGUUUCUCUGUGUAGCUUUGGCGCCUGUCCAGGAACUUGCUGUAU